AUGGCCGAAGGCGACGAAGCCACCGACAAUGUGGAAUCCAAAGUGACGUCGUUGGCCGCCGACGCUCAGAAGAUAACCAUCGAUGAGGACAAGCCCUCCACCAGCGUCAAGUCAGAAGAAAGUCACGAAACAACGAAAAGCGUCAAAAUGGCAGACAGUGUGACCAUCAUGGACGGUGCGACCAGGUGAGUACCAGUAGUACCAGUAUUGUUGGCACUCAAAAAAAUUUUUAAUUUUUUUUUAUUUGGACACAUUUUUAUUACUGUAAAUUGUUUUUAAAUUUGUCAUUUUUAAUAAAAAAAGAUGUCAUGAUGACAGAAUAUUUAUAAUUAACAGUUAAAUUUUAUCACCAGAUGUUAAUUUAAACAAUGUUAAAUUAUAAAACGUAAAAAAACUUAUACUUUUAAUUUUGUCGCAAUGACGUGAAUAAUCAAAAAAACAUAUCAUGAUGACAACUUUAUAGACAAAUCGAUGCCUUGGAACUGUUAACACGAGAAGCCGAAGAACUGAGACGCAAACUAGAAGCCGAGCGACAAAAACUGAAUGACAUUCCUAGUAAGUACCACCAGUACCAUUUUAUUCAUGUUUAGUCCAACAAGCAGCAGACCGUCUGGAACCGAUGGGAGCCCUGAACAUAAAACAACGUCGUAUCUUGAAAGGACAUGCCUCUAAAGUGUUGUGUAUGGACUGGUCACAGGACAAGCGACAUAUAGUCAGUUCGUCACAAGAUGGUAAAGUCAUCGUAUGGGACGGCUUCACCACCAACAAAGAACAUGCCCUUACCAUGCCCACUACAUGGGUAAUGGCUUGUGCUUAUGCUCCUAGUGGACAAUUGAUAGCUUGUGGAGGUUUGGACAACAAGUGUAGUGUAGUACCAUUGAGUUUUGAAGAAGAUAUUCUACAGAAGAAACGGUCUGUCGCCACCCACACUAGCUACAUGUCGUGUUGUACCUUUUUGAGGUCUGACAACCUGGUAAGUUGAAGUAAUGACAUAAGACAUCUCUAAACAAGCCUUAAUUACACCUAAAGACAUAAACCUUACGAAAACUCUACAGUAUCCCUAACAAACCUUAUCAUAACCUACAAUAAUAUAUUUGCAGCUUCUAACCGGCAGUGGCGACUCGACGUGUGCCAUUUGGGACGUGGAGAGUGGCCAAAUGAUACAGAACUUCCACGGACAUUGCGGCGACGUGUUUGCCGUAGAUAUACCUAAAUCUGACACGGGUAACAUCUUCAUCUCAGGUGGUGCUGACAGACACGCUCUAGUCUGGGACAUACGAACCGGUCAAUGUGUCCAAAGUUUCGACGGCCACGAAGCUGAUGUCAAUACCAUCAGAUUCCACCCGAACGGAGAUGCCUUCGCUACAGGGUCGGACGACGCUUCGGUGAGUUAAAUAUUGAACUUACUGUAAUUUAUGUUGCAGUAAAUUAGGUUUUAAACCGGAUAUAAUCAAAAAAUCACAAUUUCAUUAUUUUUCUAACACUCUUUUAAUCUAACCCGUAACAAUAGUACCAAAAAGAUCCUCUGCUAACAAUUUACACAACCUUCAAUAACAUUUUAUAACGUAUCCUCUUAUAGUGUCGUCUGUUUGACCUACGAGCCGACCGACAGAUAUGUGUGUAUGAGAAAGAGUCCAUCUUAUUCCCCGUGAAUGGUGUUGAUUUCAGUGCUAGCGGUAAGUGUCAAGCAUAAGUAAGCUUAUACCAUUCACAGGUCGAAUACUAUUCGCUGGAUACGGCGACUACCGAGUUGGAGUAUGGGAUUCGUUGAAAUGUAACAGACAAAGCAUUUUAUAUGGACAUGAAAACCGAAUAUCCUGCCUGAGGACGAGUCCCGAUGGUACAGCCAUCUGUACGGCAUCGUGGGACUGCACAAUUAGAGUAAGCUAUCUUACAAUAGAGGUCAAAAAGUUCAUAGAACUUAAGACUAACUUUCAAUUUUUGAGUGAACCAGUAAAACUAUUGGACGAAAAAUUAAAAAACAGAGGAAAACUUGACGAACUAAAGAUAAACUUACUAUACCCAACAUUUCAGAUAUGGGCCUGA